AUGGGUCCGACCCCUUUGACAGAGAGCUCUGCUGCUGGUGGAUCGCCCCGCGUGCUGCAGCGCCGUCUCGUGCGCGCGCUCGCUGGCGCUGGAUCGGGAGACGUCGUCGCGCUUGUGCAGGAGCGCGUGCACUCGACGAGUGUGGGAGCAGAAGCUGCGUUUACGUUUCUCUUGCAGGUGAUCGAAGAACUGGACGAUGCGAUUGAGGAGUUUCUGCCUUCUCGACCACACUCCGAGCCACUGGUUCAUGACGACGAAGUGGAGCUCGGCAUGCUCUUGUCCACUGCGUCUUUGGCCGUUCGAUACGUGACAGAGAAACAAGCGAUGACGCCGUUGUUGCAGCGUUACCGCGACGCAUUCAAAAAGGUGCUGCGCUAUCCAGAAUGGACGCAUGAAAGCUACAGCGGACUGAAAGCGGUGGCGCUGAUGGGGACGACGCGAGUGCUCGAGUCGUUUGGCAACGACGUUCCAGCGCCGGACGUGAUGCGGCAACUGAGAUGGCUCUUCUCGCUGUAUCAAGAUACAAGUUUGUCCGAUACAGAGCUCGCACAGCGUCUGAAUACACUGCUACGCCCGGCGUGCGAGUACGUGGCUGUGGCAUUGCAGACCCACGUGUCUGCUCGGGAUGUGAUCUUUACAGAGGUCCUACCGCACCUUGUGGCGCUGCUGAUCAAAGAAGGAGCGGACACGCAAGAGACGGCAGUCGCUGAAGUCGUCAAAGUGGACUUGGCGUCGACUGUAGCCGUGCUAUUGGAAGCCAAAGGACCGUACACGUCUCGGAAUGCGUUUGCAUUGCUGACGCUGCCUGAGUUUGUGGAGGAGAUGGAAGCAGAUGAAGCAAAGGUCGUAGAUAGCAUCGACAUGUUUGCUACAGCAGCUCAGGCCACGACAGAUCGACUGGAAAGUGUUGACGAGGAAACAAAAAAGCUCUCAGCUACUGCUGCUGCCAGAGAAACGGACGAGGAAUGCUGUCGGGUGCUCUGUUCUUGGCUAGCAGUAGGUACUCGGAGAAUGGUAGCAGCUCAAGCGCUUGCUGUGAUGUACCGUACCAUUGCAAGUGGCUCUGGGAUCGACAAUGGAGCUGCGCGUGUGAUAGCACAUACUACGCCUUUGGAAGAGAUGACAAGAGCACUGGACGAUGCCAGUCUGACCCGACUGCCGGAUUUCGACUUUGUCAAUGCACUCCUCGAGUCGAUUCGAGACAUUUGUCUUUGCCAGCAUCAGCUCGCUACAUCCACGCUCGAAGGAUUGUACAAGGCACUGAUUGUCGUGAUGCCUCGACUCGAGACAGCAUUGACCGUAUUCGCCAAGGAACACUCGAGCGAGCGACGUAGUGCCAAGCGAUUGUGCUCAACGAUUCGACGUACACUUGUGGAGACGUUCCUCUCGUGGCUUCACCAUCCAGACACGGCCAAGUUGCUUGCACUUCAGGUUGACUUUUUGCAUAACGUGGCUGGAACACUUGCUGAUCCGCGCGUGUAUGGUGACGUACUGGCUGUUCUUCGUGGGUCGACGGUACCCGAAGGUCGGACAGAGUACCUCUCGGGCCGACAAGUUGCGGUUGUGACGCUUUGCCAAGCAAUGCAUCAACUCGAUCGGUAUUCCCAAUCCACGACAAACCGUAUUGUCUCAGGCCUCACUCGCGUUGCAGCAGCAUGUCGCGAAGAUGUCCAGUCGCUCGCAAAUGAGCUCGUACUGCCUCUGCUUCCCUCUAUGCUCGACGGAUCGCAGUGGGGAAAGUUCUUGCGCCUUCGGACGGAAGCCGUCGCAACUGUUCUUGUCGGGUGUGCUGCAAGUGAUGACUUUGAGGUCGCCCACCACUCGUGGAUCAGCGAGUUCAUUCAGUUUCUGCUCGAACCGAUCGUGUCGUCCGAGAACGUGCAUUCGUUCAUGGUCUUGUGUGGCUUAGUCCGUGCCGAGCGCAAACUGCUGCUCCAUGUCGCGUCGUUUUGCAUGGCGCAUCCGCACACAGUGAAGCAAACGUUGCGUGACCCGCUGGUUCGAUGGCCACUCUACGAAGAAGAUGUGGACCUCGUUGUUGUCACGCUUGACCUGUUCGAAGCGCUGCUCAGCGUCAAGACCCUGCGAGCUUCGGUGGAUGUGGACGUGAUCUAUGCUACGAUCUUGCAGCUUUCGGAGAACGCAGCAAGCGAAGGUCUGGACUCGAUCACGAUGGCAUGCAAGCAACUGAUGGAGUCUCUGGGGUCGCAGGUCUGA